AUGGUUGUUGCCACUAACCUCGGUUUCCCCUACGUCGGCGCUAAGCGUGAGCUCAAGAAGUUGGUCGAGUCCUACUGGUCCGGCAAGAUCGCUGAAGCUGAUCUCCACAAGGGCGUUCAAGACAUUCAAGCUUCCCACUGGAAGUUGCAAAAGGAUGCUGGUAUUGAGCACAUUCCUUCUGGUGAAUACACUCUCUAUGAUCGUGUUCUCGACACUGCUCAACAAUUUGGUGCCAUCCCCCAACGCUACCAGCACAUCAAGAACCCUCUUGACCAAUACUUUGCCAUGGGCCGUGGUCUUCAAAAGCCUGCUACUGAGACUACCCCCAAGGUGGAUGUCCCUGCUAUGGAGAUGAAGAAGUGGUUCGACACCAACUACCAUUUCAUCGUCCCCGAAUUCGAGGUUGACCAAGCUUUCUCUCUUCAACAACCCCGUGCUGUUGAGCAAUUCAAGGCUGCUAAGGCUCUUGGUAUCCACACUCGUCCUGUUCUUGUUGGCCCUGUUUCUUUCUUGUAUCUUGGCAAGCCUGCAAAGACUGGUGAAUCUUUUGAUACCCUUUCCUUGUUGCCCAAGGUGCUUCCUCUUUAUGUUGAGCUCUUGAAGCAAUUGGCUGAGGCUGGUGCUGAUUGGGUGCAAAUUGAUGAACCUAUCAUGAUCUUUGAUUUGGAUGCCAACGUCAAGCUUGCUUUGGAGAAGGCUUACAAGACCCUCAAGGAGCAAUCCACUCUCAAGCUUUUGGUUGCUGCUUACUUUGGUCGUGUUGAGAACAACGUCUAUGCUGUCAAGGACUUUGUGGAUGCCAUUCAUUUGGAUUUCGUCCGUGCCCCUGAGGAACUUGACACCAUUCUUCCUUUGAUCAAGGCUGAUCAAGUGCUCUCUCUUGGUUUGGUGGAUGGUCGUAACAUCUGGAUCAACAACUUGGACAAGUCCAUUGGUUUGGCUGAGAAGGCUGUUGCUGCUCUUGGCAAGGAUCGCGUCUUCAUUGCUCCUUCUUGCUCUCUUGCCCAUUCUCCUUUCUCCACCUCUUUCGAAACCAAGAUCAAGGAGAUCAACCCCGAGUUGUUCAGCUGGUUGGCUUUCUCUGUUGAAAAGUGUGCCGAGAUUGUUGUCAUUGCCAAGGCUUUGAACGAAGGCCGUGAUGCUGUCAAGGAUGCUUUGGCUGCCAAUGCUGCUGCUGUUGAGUCUCGUCGCACUUCUCCUCAAACCGUCAACCCUGCUGUUCGUGAUCGUGUUGCCAAGAUCCCUACUGAGGCCUGGAAGCGUGCUUCUCCUUUCCCUGUGCGUCGUGAUGCUCAAGUCAAGAAGCUCAAGUUGCCUCUUUUCCCUACCACCACCAUUGGCUCUUUCCCUCAAACCAAGGAGAUCCGUAUCAACCGCCAAAAGCACAACAAGGGUGAACUUUCCGAUGCCGACUAUGAUGCUUUCAUCAAGGCCGAGAUGAAGAAGGUUGUCGAUUUCCAAGAGAAGGUUGGCUUGGAUGUCUUGGUUCAUGGUGAGCCUGAGCGUAACGACAUGGUUGAGCACUUUGGUCACUUGCUUCAUGGUUACGACUUUACUCAAAACGGCUGGGUUGUCUCUUAUGGUUCUCGUUGCGUCAAGCCCCCUGUCAUCUUUGGUGAUGUCGCUCGUCGUGGUCCUAUGACUGUUGAGGAGAUCAAGUAUGCCCAAUCUCUUACCUCCAAGCCUAUGAAGGGUAUGUUGACUGGUCCUGUCACCAUGAUGAAGUGGUCCUUCGUUCGUGAUGACAUUCCUCAAAAGGAAAUCUGCUCCCAAAUUGGUCUUGCUCUUCGUGAUGAAGUUGUUGACCUUGAAGCUGCUGGUAUUCCUUGCAUUCAAGUCGACGAGCCUGCUAUUCGUGAGGGUUUGCCUAUUCGCCGUGCUGAUUGGGAUGCCUACCUUGAUUGGUCCGUUGCUUGCUUCCGCCUUGCCACCUCUGGUAUUCGUGAUGAUACUCAAAUCCACACCCACAUGUGCUACUCUGAUUUCAACGAUAUCUUUGAUGCUAUUCGUGAUCUUGAUGCUGAUGUCAUCACUAUUGAGAACUCCAAGUCUGAUGAGAAGCUUCUCAAGAUCUUCGAGACCAAGCAAUACACCAACGAGAUUGGUCCUGGUUUGUAUGACAUUCACUCGCCUCGUGUGCCUUCCGUUGAGGAGAUGAAGACCCGUUUCGCCGAUAUGCUCAAGUACAUUCCCGAACACCUUCUCUGGGCCAACCCUGAUUGUGGUUUGAAGAGCAGACAAUGGCCAGAGACCGAAGCCGCUUUGAUCAACUUGGUUGAGGUUGCCAAGUACUUCCGUGCACAAAAGGCUCAAGCCUAA